AUGCUGCAGCCUCAGUUUAAGCCCCACAGUAUCCAGCAGGUGCUGCUGCGCCUCUUCCAGGUGAUCCCCGGCCGCUCUCCCUACGGCUCCUGGGACCCGGCCCGGUGCCUACGCUGCGCCAUCGUGGGCAACUCUGGCAACCUGCGCGGCGCCGGCUACGGCCCCGUCAUCGACAGACACAACUACAUCAUGAGAAUCAACCUGGCUCCCACGGUGGGUUAUGAGGAUGACGUGGGCAGGACCAGUCACCACUUCAUGUACCACUACUUCAUGUAG